AUGGACAUCGACUCAAAAAUAAAAGCAUACCGCUUUGUCGGUUAUGCCGCAUUGACAUUUUCGACAAUCGCAGUUCUAUCGAUCUGUGUUACUCUUCCAAUGGUAUACAACUAUAUUCAUCAUGUGAAGAGAAGCAUGCAUCACGAAAUUGUUGAAUGUAAGGCCGAGGCAAAGAAAUUGUGGGGUGAUGUUUACACAAUUCCUGAAAUGCCAGGAGCUCACAACAGAACAGCUCGUCAAGUUGGAGGAGGACAAUGUGAAGGAUGUUGUUUGCCAGGAGCACAAGGACCACCAGGAACUCCAGGACGCAAUGGUCGACCAGGAAAGCCUGGAGCACCAGGACUUAACGGAAAUCCAGGACGUCCACCAAAGGAGCCAUGUGAGCCAGUCACCAAGCCACCUUGCAAACCAUGCCCAGUCGGGCCACCAGGACCAGCCGGACCACCAGGUCAACCAGGAAACAAGGGACCUUUGGGACCACCAGGACCACCAGGACCAGGAGGACCAGGAGGAGAGCCAGGAAACAAGGGACCAAUCGGGCCACCAGGGCCAGUUGGAAAGCCAGGACCACCAGGAGAGCCAGGACAAAACGGAGAAAAUGGAGAGCCACAACCAGGAGCACCAGGAGAGCCAGGAAGACCAGGACAACCAGGAUCAAAGGGACCAGCUGGACAACCAGGAAAAGAUGGUGGACAAGGAGGACAAGGAGAAAAGGGAGCAAAUGGAGAACCAGGACAACCAGGAAGAGAUGGACAACCUGGAAGACCAGGACAACCAGGAAAAGAUGGAAAGCAAGGAGAGAAAGGUAUCUGUCCAAAAUAUUGUGCUGCUGAUGGUGGUGUUUUCUUCGAAAACGGUCAACGUCGUUAG